UCCUGUUAAAGCUGAAAUUCUCAUUCAUGGCGACUCUCUCUUCUUCUUCUUCGUCUUCAGAACUCCACUGUUCUUCAAACAAUUGCUUCGGUUUCUCUCUCUCUCUGCCAAAAACCCAAAAGCCUCAAGAUUUUAUUUUGAGCUUGAAAAAGUUGCAGUAGCAGAAGACUCUGCUCUCGACCGUUAGAGCCAAAACGAAGACCCAGAAAAUAGGGAGUGGAAAGGGAGAAAUGUCCAACUCACAAGCUCUGUUUUUCAGUAAGGGGCCUUCCAGAACCAUCUGGGUUGCUGCUUAUUGUCACAAUAGGCUCAAGAAAGACAGAGUUUCAGUCACCGACAUCUCUGCUUCUGUUGAUGAGAUCAUGGAAUAUGAAGUAACAUUAACAUACAGAGUACUUGGUUAUCUUCUCCUCGGUGUGGUGAGGAUAUACUCAAACAAAGUUGACUAUCUUUACAAUGACUGUAAUGACAUUUUGGCCAGAAUAAAUAAUUUUUCAGUUGCCAGAAAAUCUAAUCUGCAAAUUGAAGCCAUGUCUGCACCACAUGUCUCUUUCACUUUUCCAGAAAGGUUUGAACUUGAUAGUUUUGAUGUAGAGGUCCCAGAAGAUGUAAACAGGCGGAACAUCAGACCACGUGAAGAGAUCACGCUUGAAGCAUUUGAGGAUGAAGCAAGAAAGCAUUGUUCUCUAAACAAGUAUCACAGCAUUGAACCAUCUUUUCAGUUGGAUAUCUACCCUUCUGUACAUGCAACAUUUGAUGAUGCUUCUUCACCUAUAUUGGAUCUUGAUACGGUGGUCAAUAUGGUGGUCAGCCAUUCUCUGAAUCCAAGCAAUUUAGAAGCAAGCACGGAGAUGGUUCAAUUUAGUCCGUUCCUUCAAGAAGAAUGUCAGGACCUAAACGUGUUAGGAAUAGAGGUUCCCCUGGACAUGGAUCCACAAUUUGAUAAGGGGGAUUAUCGAACAGAGAAGAUAAAUUUCCCAGAGAUACCACAGUUGGAUAUUGAGGAACAUCGUGUCUUUGGUGAGGACCACCCAGUUGCUAUUACUCCUGUUCAAAUUCCACAAGAAUCUGGGUCUUCAUACCCUGACAUGUUUGGUGGUACUGAGGAACCUAUGGACCUGGCUCCACAAUUCGAUGAAGUGGAUAUUCAAGUGAAGAGGAUAAAGUUUCUGGAAAUACCACCAUUGGAAAUAGAACAUAAUGUUUUUACUGAAGACCAUCAAAUUGCUAUUACACCCGAUGGAACUCAGCCUGAAUUGCCAUUUGCUUCAGGAUCUGCUACACCUGAAUCUAUGGUUCAUCCCACACCUGCUCAGAAGGAGCAAGUUCGGAAAUCAAGGAAGAGAAUUCAUGUCCAUGAUGAUGUUACAAGGUUGCGUAGCAAGUUGUCAAAGAAGAAGACACCCAGUGGUUUAGUAACUAGACGGAGGAAAGUUUCCCAUACUUCUUUUGAUGUGUGGAGAGCCCAUAUAAGAUCCAGGAUUAAGCAGGAUUUCAUGGAGCCUCUGCUUGUUGGUAUUUCAUCAGAGCUUAAAACUCCCUUUUAUGAAAGGAAUGCUAACAAUGAAGGACCAGCUGAAGUUGCUGUAAGCCCCCGUCUUUCAGCAGAGUUGGCAUUAGAAACACCAUGUAUAUCUUCAGGACAAGGAGCCAUGUUUCAAGAAUAUUCUGAUGACGAGUCAAUGCCAAUGAGUCCUGUUGAGGUUCCCAAUACCCCCAUGGCUCAAGUUCCAAGUGUAGAAAAAGAGCUCUCACCAAUUGUGACAGAGGAUCUAAUGCUCGAUCUAUUAAAUGAGGAUGCCAGCCCCCAUGAAGGAAAUAACCAGGACAUGGAUGGAUGGACACAUAGAACUAGGGAAGUGGCAAGGCAUCUACAGAAAAGCUUCAUAAAUCAGAAGGACCAGAAAGAUAAGGAAAGUCUGAGUUUGGGCAGUGUUUUGGAAGGAAGAACAAGAAAGGGUAGUGCUAGAGUAUUUUAUGAGAUAUUGGUAUUAAAGACCAGAGGGGUUGUUGAUGUGAAACAAGAACAUUCAUAUGAUGACAUUCUGGUGCUGAAAACCCCUCAAUUGGAAAGAAUAUGAUUCAGCAGACCAAGCAUUAGAAAUGUACAGUAAAUUCCUGUGUUGGGAGAUUUUGGUGAUUAGAGACUUGAUUUCCUAUUUAUAUCGGAAGUUGGAUGUAUAUAUAUCCCUCAUUGGUUGGGAAGAGGCGUAGACCGCAGUUCGUGUACAUUAGUAUAUAAUGUCAUAUUUAUUGUCAUGUACAUUCUUUUUUAUAAUCUCCCUUGAUUCUGUUUCUUCCUUGGGCAUUCUCAUGUAUAUUCAGAAGUCUUCUUUCACCUUUUUUUAUUUUUUGCUAAUUUUUUCCCUUAAGGAUUAGAAACAGCUAAGACGCUGCCUUCAUCUGAACUAAAUUUAUUUCCUGUUAAUAAAUUGGGGCUUUUUUAUUUGUUUA